GUGAGGGAGCGGUCCCUGCCCCUCUUGAGGGAGUCCCAGUCCCUGCUGCCCCCCCUGGAGGAGAUGGAGAGGAACAUCUCAGGUUUCUACCAGGCUCUGGAGAAGGCCAGUCACAUCACAGGGACCCCCAGCCCGGAGGGGGGGGACUUCAAGAUCAAGUGCCAGGAGCUGGUGACCUUCACUCACAGCUGUAAGAAGUGUCUGACCAACAUCGAGAGGAACCACCAGAACAUCCAGAAGAUUCUGAGCAGCAGCAGCACCUUGGAGCACCUGGACCUGAACCUGCUGCAGAAGAGAGUGGCCGACCUGCAGGCCUCCUCCCAGGUGACCUGUCUAUACUCAGGUGACCUGUCUAUACUCAGGUACGUUAACGUCCAGGUGACCUGUCUAUACUCAGGUGACCUGUCUAUACUCAG